AUGAACAGUUCUACAGUAGUUGUACCAGAGCAUGGGCACAUUGGGAAAUUGACGACUCCUCGCCGCAGACCUCGAUCUAUUCUGUCUUUGCUCAUAGACGAGAAUGCAGUGCUGCUAAAUGCAAAGAAGGUGUUCACUCUAAGUGGGUUUGAAGCUCAUGCUGGCAGCACUUAUCGUAGGUCUGCUGCUAGUAUUGUUUUAGAAGAUGGAAGAUCUUUGUUAGAGUGCAAGACGCAAAUGUUACACAAGUGUAUGACCCCCAAACUUAAGACACACGAGAGAAUCAGGAGUUGUCUACCUCAGUACCAGAGUGAUGACAAAUGCUCUAUCUGUUACAGUGAAGGCUGCCUUGGUCUAAGGGAUCUGCCUGAAGGAAAAUGGUUCUGCCCAUCAUGUAGAUGUGGCUUAUGUGGUCAAUCAAGCGCAUUAAGUGGAAAUGUUGGGGAGUUCAUAGCAGCAAUGGUUCUGCAUUGUGAUCAAUGUAGAAGGGAUUAUCAUAUUGGGUGUUUUAAAGAAAGAGGAUUGGCUAUUAAGCUGGAAGGGAAGGGGGGUGAUCCUGAGGUAUCAUCUGUUGCUGAUCAGGUUAGGACAGAAUGCCACAGAAAGCUGAAUGUUGCACUACGUAUAAUGCAUGAAUAUUUUGAUCCAAUUAAUGAACCUCUUACAAACAGUGAUCUAAUAGAAGAUUUAAUAUUCAGCAAGUGGUCAGAGCUAAACUGGCUAAAUUAUCUAGGGUUCUUCACUGUGCUUCUGCAGCAAGGAGGUGAACUGAUCUCUGUGGCUACCGUUAGAAUCCACGAUGAGAAGGUUGCUGAAGUACCCUUCAUUGCUACUCAUUCUCAAUAUCGUCAAAAAGGGAUGUGCCAUCUUCUUAUGAAUGAGCUUGAGAAGAAACUCAUAGAACUAGGAGUGGAAAGGCUGGUUUUGCCUGCUACUGAUGAAAGGCUGAACAUGUGGACCACUUACUUUGGAUUCUCAAAGAUGACAAACUCAGAAAGAUUGAAGUACAUAGAGUAUAAUAUCGUGCUUUUCGAGGACACUGUCAUGUGUCAGAAAUUGUUAAGGAAGAUGUCUUCAACAAACCAAGGUUAUGAGUGCAUUGAUUUUGAAAUGGCUCAAGAAGAUCAAAUUGAACUAAGUGAAGUGAAGCAAUUGCAGUCCUAUAACUGUUCUAACAAGCCAAUAGAGCCAACUCUCUUCAGGGUACUAAUUUGCAUAGGCAAGCCUGUGUCCAGCAAUCACUUGUGA